AGUGGCAAGUACCUUAAUUCCAACCUUAGGUAACCUUCAAGCGGCUGCUCGAUAUCUCCCACGCUCAUCUCGCUUUCUUUUGACUACAUCUCUUUCUCAGGCCGACCGUCGUUGGCUUUUUGGACGGCAAACGUCCAGUCUCCGCCGCACAACAACGGAAGGGGCGAGUAGACGACGGUUUGCUGACUUCUGGCAAUUGCUACUGCAUUACUUCGGCAUCUUACACCAACCGCACACGCGACACACCAACGAUUCUCAGCGCCCAGGAUCCGUCAUAUUGCGACGCGAUUCACUGGCCGUGGCACACCUUGCAUUUACUUGCUGCAUCAUCGGUACCGCAUGAGCAUUACAUUUUGCUAUCGCUACAGAAGUUGCCCGUCAGAAUUACUCAUACCUCUUCAUCGCUUUGUAGCUGAAACUCAUCAUGGCGGACAACACAUCCACCCCCGCCGACCCGAUGGCCGCAGCCUCGAAUGCCAUGAUGGCCUCCAUCCAGGACUACAUUCGCACCGCCGUCACUACAGUGGUUGCAAACAUCCCGAACGCAACCCAGCCUGCCCAACUCGCGGCCCUUCAGAGUCGUCUCGACACUGCCAAUCAGGAGAACUCUGAGAUGAAGGAGAAGAUCAAGCAGAUUGAGAGUAAGAAGUCCGCUCGCCACAGUCACAAGCGCGAGCGAGACACUGUCAAGUCUGCCUUCUCUUCUUACUUGGGCUUUCCCCUCCCAGACCCUAAGCUUUCCCGCCAUUCGCACAGCAAGAGCACCAAGUUCCCCCAGUUUCAGAAGUUCCCUGUCGAGAUCCGCAUGAAGAUCUGGAAGCUCGCUCUCCCUGCCGGACGCAUUUUCGACCUCUCCAACGUCGAUGCCCAUUUCUCUCGCGUUCUCAGAGCCCCCAUCGCCAACAACAACGGCGCGCCUAACCCGGCCUUGGUCUUGCGCCAGGCCUCGGGCCUUACUGAGAUGAGCGUGAGCGCCCACAAGACGCCCAAGCUUCGACUUGCCUGCAAAGAGGCUAAUAAGGCAUUUCUCGAGGCGGGCGGCUUUGAGUUCGGCUUGUUCGGCGGCCCAUACAAGGGUCUUUGGUUCAACUAUUCCGAGGACAUCCUCUUUGUCCGUGAGGAGCCUCGUACCUGGACCAACCUUGACAUGUCACGCAUCGUCCGUGUCGCUUUCCCGCAUAAUAGAUUUAUGUGCAAGGCUGACGCUACCGCAAAGAUGGACAUUGCUCUCGAUCACUUCACCUCCUGCAAGGAGGUCAUCCUCAUGCAGACCAUGGAGUGGGAUAUCCGCUCCUGUCUGGCAAGCCCUCGCCUGCCCGCCAAGCUAUUCCCGCUGCAGGAGGCCGAUCCGAUUGGCACCCACGACUACCCGAAGGAGCUCUCUGAGGAUGUUGGUAGCGUCGCAACCUGGGGCGAUGUCAAGCGCAUUGUUGGCCAGAUCUGGGAGGACCACGUCGUCAACGUGAAGCAUCUCAGCCCCGGUCGCGUUCCCAAGUUCUCCGGAAUUGAGGUACUUAAAGCUCGCCCGAGCUACUUUGACUAGAGGCCAAGACGGAGAAGGUAGCUUGGAUGAUUUUCUGGUUGGCCUUUGAUGAUUCAUGCAGGAUUUGGCAUGUACCAUAUUCCGGUACACUUUCCAUUGGGAGAAGGGGCGUUGGGUUUGGUUUCUCCUUCGUACAAUAGCUAGUCACCUACCAAUUGAUAUCCACGAGGUCUUCGGAACAUAAACUUUCGUGCCUAUGGCUGUUAUUGCCAGC